AUGCAUCAAGAACUGAAUUACAAUCCUUUCAAUCCAAUUCCUACCGAGGAAAACGCAAACGAAAUCGAAAGUAACUACGAGAGGUUGUUCGACAUGGAAUCUUCGUAUUUGGCUGCAAGCGGCUACUCCAGAAACAGAGAUGCCAUGUUAUUUCGUGAAAGGGCUGUGCUUAUAAUCUCCAAAUAUGCACAAUGUGAUAACUUCCCACUCAUACCAUAUCUUGCUACAUAUUAUUUCGAUCGUUACAUGUCAAAGAAAAAUCCUGUACUGGAUUAUCCGAGAUAUAAGCAACAUGAAAUAGAUGUCAUCGCUAUCACUUGCCUUAUACUGGCUUGGAAGAUGCAGAACUUAAACUUCACUACAACCAAAUUUUUGGUGGAGCGACCAGACCUCACUGAAAUUACCGCCGAGCAGCUGGUGACCAUGGAGAUAAGAAUUGUCAAAGAACUUGAUUGGUAUAUGCGUCCAAUUACAGCCUUCUGUUUCGUGCCGUACUUUUGUCAGAAGCUUGAAUCCAAAUAUGGCUUUAGGCCUCGAACUAUUUGCGAGAUCAUUGUACAUGCACAAGAUGGCAUAUGGAUCACAGAAUUAAGGCCGUCGGUUAUUGCACUAUCGGCUUUUCUUGCAGCUUCCGACUACCUUUAUCCUGGGGAAAUCUUUAAAUUUUAUACUCAAAUACUUUUUGAAAGAAACUUCCUAGAGGUUCAAAGGGAUAUAGACGCCUGCACGGAGCAUAUGAUUCGUUUGUGCCAUGACUUGAACCUUAUGGUUGAAAGUGCUAGGCCAGAGAAUAGGCCUACUGUGACGUAUAGGGUACAGGCGGGGCGGAACUACAAAAGAAGCAGUCAUAGAGGAGAAACAUCAAUAUCAGCACCAGCAUUUCGUUAUAGAACAUUACCCAUAUCACGGCCUGCCAAAGGGAAAGAAAAAAUCUGGGAGAUACUGGAAAGCGAAGAUGUUGAUGUGGAGAAGUAUCAUAUGACCAAGAUACCGAGGAUGGCAGAAGAUAGCGAAGAAAUGCAGUUUAGUUUUCGACUCAGGUGGAGAGUUAAGGAUACCGAUUUGAGUGCAAUGCAUGAGUUCCUUGCUGAGGUAGAGGCUAAGCAAGAGGCAGAGGCAAAAACAAAGGCAGAGGCAGAGGCAGAGUCCGAGAGAGACACCGAGACAGAUUCUGAUCUCGUCGAAUCCCACAGUAAUCGUUCGGAUAACAAAGACGGUCGCUGCCGUUGCAGCAUUCUUUGA